AUGCCUUGCCAUCCGCACCACGCCCAAGCCCCUCUCUCCUUUCAUUAUCUCUUCAGGAGCCAUCCUGUGUGCUGCAGGUACGGCCCAUACCAACCACCUUUCCGGAUCUACCCUCGUACCUGUGUGCUUGCCGCCGCCUCCACACGGAUCGUGGUCCAAGCGGUGCAGAAGGGUGGUGAUAGGUGGGCAGCGAGAGCGGAUGGAUGCGGCGAGGUGGAGAGGGAUGACUGGCAGCGGCAGUUUGUGAGUUACUCUGGUGAUGACAACUACUGCCAGGGCGAGGUCCACGGGCGUUCAGUGCACAGUAGUGCGUUGGAUGAGAUCGCACCACCGUGGCGCAUGGUGCCACAUGGCCAGCCGAUUGGUCGGUGCAAAUGGCAGCUGGGAGGCGCCGCAAGGGAGGCGCACUCGACGGCUGCGUGCUCUGAAAGGAAGAGAUUCCGCUACGUGCACUUUGGAGUGCAGCAGCAGCAGCAGGCUGCAGGGGCCGCUGGGGCAGCAGCGAGGCUGCAAUGGGGAGGUGCAGCAAGGCUGAGGCUGAAGCCCACAGACGUGGUGCUGCUGUCCACUGUAGCCCCCUCUGCCCCCACGGAUCUGCUCUGCCCGCGGGUGCUGUAUCGCCUUGCUGUCCUUCUUGCGGAGAGAAACGCAUCAGGGGAGGAUGGAGACAGCGAUCGCUGUUUCCAGACCAGGAUAUGCACUCCAGAGGAUUCGCCUGUGUAUCAAGGCCUGGUUGGGGUAGUGGAUGGGGGGGAGUGUGCAGGUGGUGCGUCGUGGGGAGCUAGGAAGGGGUGGUGCAAGCACAAUGGAGGAGGAGGUGGAGAGCAAGUGGAGGCGGAGGAUGUUUAG